GGACCAGUAAGGGGUGGUAACUAGAACUAGUAUGCCCAGGGAACUGGGACCAGUAAUGGUUGGAAACUAGAACUAGUAUGUCUGGGGAACUAGGAGCCAUAAGGGGUGGGAACUGGGAGCAGUAUGGCCAGGGAACUGGAACCAGUAAUGGCUGGGAAUUGGAACUACUAUGGCUGGAGAACUAGGAGCAGUGUGGCCAGGGGACUGGGAACCGUAUGGGCUGCCUUCGGCUGGUACCUGCCUCAGUUUCCGCCCCCUGGGCCGAUGGCGCCGUGGGUUGUCUUCCUCUGUGUCCGUGCUAUCCUGGCUUUGGAAGAGACACUGCUGGACACGCAGCUGGAGACCUCAGACCUGAAGUGGACGGUGUAUCCUGAGGGGGAAGGGCAGUGGGAGGAGGUGAGCAUGCUGGACCGGGAGCGCCAAGCCUCGGCCCGCACCUUCGAGGUGUGUGGGGGCCCACUGGGCCAGCCCGGCGGCCCCCCCCAGAACAGCUGGCUGCGCAGCACCUACGUGGCGCGGCGCGGAGCAGUGCAGGCCUACUUGGAGCUGCGCUUCAGCAUGCUGGAGUGUGCCUCACUGCCCCGCGGCGCCGGCCCAGCCCGGCCCUGCAAGGAGACCUUCACCGUCUUCUACUAUGAGAGCGAGGGUGACACAGCCACGGCGCGCAGCCCCGCCUGGAUGGAGAACCCCUAUGUCAAGGUGGACACCGUGGCCGCUGACCACCUCUCCCGCAAGCGGCCUGGUGCCGAGCCUUCUGGCAAGAGCCGGCUGCCUUUCAAGGCCGUGUCCCCCCCUCAGGUGAACGUGAAGACGCUGCGGCUGGGCCCGCUGAGCAAGGCUGGGCUGUACGUGGCUUUCCAGGACCAGGGGGCCUGCCUGGCGCUGCUGGCUGUGCGGCUCUACCACAAGAAGUGCCCGGGUGCUGUGCGGGGCCUGGCUGCCUUCCCCGAAACACUGCCGCGUGGGCUGGUGACGCCGGCUGCUGGGCAUUGCGUGGACCAGGCUGCCCCAGCCCGCCCCAGCGCAGCUCCCACCCUCUAUUGCCAGCAGGAUGGGCGCUGGGCCGAGCCCCCCGCACCCGCCUGUGCCUGCCAUGCUGGUCACCAUGCCGCCGAUGCCGCCACUCGCUGUGCAGCCUGUCCUGCCGACACAUUCAAGGCGGCACCGGGGGAGGGGCCCUGCCUGCCCUGCCCCCCCUUCAGCCAUGCACCGACACCCGGGGCCACAGUUUGCACCUGCCGCAAUGGCUACUACCGCGCCCCUGCAGACCUGCCGGCUGAACCCUGCACCACACCGCCCUCGGCCCCACGUAGCCUGGUGGCACGCUCUAAUGGGUCGGCAGCAGCGCUGGAGUGGAGCGAGCCGCUGGAGAGUGGGGGCCGCCAGGACCUGCGCUAUACUGUGACCUGCCGUGAGUGCCCGCCCGGGGGGGCGCCCUGCCGGCCCUGCCGCCUGCGCCUGCUACCGGGCGCCCGUGACCUGGCACAGACCCGUGUCACCGCGCUGGGCCUGCACCCACACCUCACCUAUGCCUUUGUGGUGGAGGCUACCAACGGUGUGUCCGGCCUCAGCCCCGGUGCCCCCCAUGGCGAGGCCAUCAACGUCACCAGCGGGCAGGACGGUGAGACCCCCACCCCGCGGUGCCCCUCGCUUCCAACCUGCAGCCCCCUGCCCCCCCAGCCAUGCCACUCCCGACCCUGAGGGGCACUGGGGGUCUCAGAUGCCUUUCCCUUCUCUGUGCAGAGCGCAGGGGGGGCCAAUGGGCCCCACCUGUUUGUGAAGACAGCAGCACCGGGGGUGGAGCUGGGGGGGCUGCGCCGGGGGGGACUUUACGGGGUGCAGGUUCGGGCCCGAUCGGAGGCCGGAUAUGGCGACUUCGGAGCCGAGACCCCCCUGGCCACACCUGGCACUGACCCCCCCAGGCAGGCAGAGCCCCUGGGUGCCAUCGCAGGGGCGGCGGCUGUGGGGGGGCUCCUAGUCGUGGCCGUGGUCGUGGUGGCUGUCAUCUGUGUCAGGCGUCAUGGCUCUGGGGGUCGUGACCCUGAGGACUCGGACAAGCCAGGGCAACUGCUCAUUGGACAGGGCACCAAGGUCUACAUCGACCCAUUCACCUACGAGGACCCGAGUGUAGCCGUGCGCGCCUUUGCCAAAGAGAUAGAUGUGGCCUGCGUCAAGAUCGAGGAAGUCAUCGGCGCUGGUGAGUUUGGCGAGGUGUGCCGGGGUCGGCUGCGGGCGCCAGGCCGGCGUGAGACACGUGUGGCCAUCAAGACGCUGAAGGGCGGCUACACAGAGCGGCAGCGCCGUGACUUCCUGGCUGAGGCCUCCAUCAUGGGGCAGUUCGAGCACCCCAACAUCAUCCGGCUGGAGGGCGUCGUGACGGCCAGUGCGCCCGCCAUGAUCCUCACUGAGUUCAUGGAGCAUGGCGCCCUCGACGCCUUCCUGCGGGGCAAUGCAGGGCGGUUCCGCCCGCUACAGCUGGUGGGGAUGCUGCGUGGCAUCGGGGCCGGCAUGUGCUACCUGGCCGAGACUGGCUAUGUGCACCGGGACCUGGCAGCACGCAACGUGCUGCUCAGCGCCCAGCUGGUCUGCAAGGUCAGCGACUUUGGACUCAGCCGCUUCCUGGAGGACGACAGCUCGGCUGACCCCACAUACACCAGCACCCUGGGAGGCAAGAUCCCGAUCCGGUGGACAGCACCCGAGGCCAUCGCUUUCCGCAAGUUCACGUCGGCAAGUGAUGUUUGGAGCUACGGGAUCGUCAUGUGGGAGGUGAUGUCAUACGGGGAGCGCCCCUACUGGGACAUGUCCAACCAGGAUGUGAUCAAUGCAGUCGAGCAGGAUCACCGCCUGCCACCGCCACCCGCCUGCCCCGCAGCACUGCACCGCCUAAUGCUGGACUGCUGGCAGCGCGAGCGCAGCACCCGGCCCCGCUUCGCCCACCUGGUCCGCGCCCUCGACAAGCUGAUGCGGCACCCGGCCGCCCUGCGCGUCACCACCCCCGAGGGCCCUGCCUCAUCCCAGCCCCUCCUGGAGCAGCGCAGCCCCCCCGCCCCUGCCCCAGGCCCCGGCUCAGUGGGCGAGUGGCUGCGGGCGCUGGGGCUCGGGCGCUAUGAGGACGACUUUGCCCGUGGUGGCCUACGGUCCCUGGAGAUGGUGGCCCAGGCGUCGGCCCAGGACCUGGUGCGGGUCGGGGUGACCCUGCCUGGGCACCAGAAGAAGAUCCUGUCCAGUGCCCAGAGCUUGCAGGGCCAGGCCAAGUCAGAUCCAGCCGGGGAGUCCAUGGCGGGGGGCUUCUGACCCCCCCCCCCAAAAUCCCUGUUGCCCCCCUCCAAAAUGGUUGCCACCUGAGGGAAACCAUGAUGGAUGCCCUUCUUUCAACUGCCAAGAUGGCCAGUCUCCAAUGGGACCCAAGAUGGCUGCCCUCCCCUUCACCAGUCGCAGAGGGACAUUGAAGAUGGCUUUUGGGUGAUCUUUUCAAGAUGAGCGCUAGUUGAAGGGGACGUCCACUAUGGCCGCACCAUCAUCAACUACCAAGAUGGCCGCCUGCAUGGCUGGGUCUGCCACUCCGCAUCCGCUGUUUGGCCCCCCCAUCCAAUUGGGGCCAGCCAAGAUGGCUGCCAUGGGGGGGUGAAGGCCCCCUAGAUGGCUGCUCAGAUGGGGUCCAAGAUGGCCGCCCUUAUCCCAUCUCCAAAGAUGGCCGCUGUGUGCUCGGGCCUUCCCAUUGCCACCAUGGUGCUGGACUCCACUGGGAACACCAAGGUGGCUGCCCUCUUCCUGUUGCCUUGUGGGGGUUCCCCCCCCACACACACAUACACCAGAAGCCUUAUUGGCCCCCACCCUGGUUGGGGGUGGGCAGUGAUGUCACCUGGUCAGUCAUCAGUGAUGUUAGCUACUUGAAACCUGGGGCAGGAGCCUUAUUAUUAUGGACCUAAGACUCCACCCCCUGCCUUAAAGCCAAAGAGUGACCUCGUGGCAGUGAGGUCAUCGCUGCUCUGUGAUGUGACACGCGUGGAACACCCAGGUAUGAUGUCUUGCGAUCCCCUCGGGGCACCGGAUGAUGUCACCGGGGGAGGGGACCUGUGAUGUCAUCCCCCGUUCAUGCCAAUGAUGUCAUAAGCGCUGGGCUGGGACAUAAAGACACUGCCACUCCUGCGUAUGGUGUCAUCACUCCUGACAUCAGCAGGAGAACACCAGCAUGCUGCAGUGAUGUCACAAGAGCCGCCCCUAUGCGGGGUGCUGGGCAAUGAUGUCAUCAGGCACUGACCUCAUCCCUAGCUGUGACAUCAUUGCCUGGGUAACCCAGGAACUCUGGCUCUCUAGAGACAAUGAGGUCAUCACUGGGGGGUGGCCCUGCCGUGCCAACCCCCCCUGGGGUGUGAUAUCAUGGUUGCAGUCUAAUGAUGUCAUCACAGAGCAGCACCUUUUAAGCCUUCAUAUUGAAGGCGAGUUACAUUCUUUGUUGAAAUAAUCAGUGUUUUGUGGGUUGUCCCGUUUCCUCUGUAUCGGAGGGGGGGACAUGGGGACCCCCACCCCCUGGUGCCCCUCACUCCCGCCCCUUCAGCCCUGCCUGUGCCCCUCACUCCUGACCCCAGCCACAGCCCCCCUGCCUCCCAAACCGCCCCUAUGGGGCACCCCAGGGAAAGGGGGUGGGGGCAGGGGUGAGGCCUGCUGGAGCCCCUCCCCCACCCUGUUUGCUGGGAAGUCUCCUGUUUUCUGUUAAAUUAUAAAAACGCCUUUUUUUGUAUACUAAAAUAACCAGGAAUGAACGAGGGGCUGGGCUGGGUUCUGCCGGAGCUGCGAGGCUGGUUGAGGCCGGCCCUUUAUUGGUAUAAAUUAAGGCAAAAUCCCGCGAUUUGGGGCCACCCCCCAUCCAUGGGGGCCGGGGGCGGGUGUCUUCUGGGCCCCGCCCGCACUCCAGGGUGGGGCGGUUGGGGCCGCGUCCAGCAGGGGGCGUGUCCUUCAGUCCCUGGGGUGGGGCUUCGUCUUGGGGGCGUGUCCUUCAGCCACCAGGGGCGGG